AUGUCGCGGAAACCCACCGAUGUGCCGUCGAAAGAGCGCAAUGAGUAUAUCCCAUCUUUCAUUGCAAAGAAGCCGUUCUAUAUCGACGACGAAUCUUCGGCGGCCGAUUACUUAGAGCAUCAACGUCUACAGAAACAAGCAGCGGAUUCAAAAUGGUAUGAACGAGGGAAGCGCGCCGGGCCCGCCGCCACCAAGUAUCGAAAGGGCGCAUGCGAGAACUGUGGUGCCAUGUCACAUAAGACCAAGGAAUGCCUCAGUCGUCCUAGAAAGCACGGUGCAAAAUGGACUGGAAAGGAUAUUCAGGCGGAUGAAGUUAUACAAGAUGUCCAGCUUGGCUGGGAUGCCAAGCGAGAUCGGUGGAAUGGAUACGAUGCGACUGAAUAUCGUAACGUAGUCGAGGAGUACGAAGAGCUUGAGAAUCUCAAAAGACGUACGAAAAAGGCAGCCGAUGGCGAUAAUGAUGAUGACGAGAAUGACGCAGGCGACCAAGAAGAAGCCCGAUAUGCUGAAGAGUCGGAUAUGGGUCGACAACAGAGUACGGCUACAAGGAAUCUGCGUAUCCGUGAAGAUACAGCCAAGUAUCUUUUGAACUUGGAUCUUGACUCGGCAAAAUACGAUCCCAAAACGCGUUCGAUGAUUGGUAUGGGAGUGCAGGCAGAUGCGACGUCGGCGCUUGUUGCCGAGGAGAAUUUUAUUCGAGCUUCGGGAGACGCUGCGGAAUUCGAGAGAGCUCAGCAGUAUGCAUGGGAAUCACAAGAACGCGGUAACAAGCAACACCAUCUUCAGGCAAAUCCUACGUCCGGCGAGAUUCUCCGGAAGCGGGAAUUGGCAGAGACAGAAGCGAAACGCCAGACACAGCGAAAAGCAUUGUUGGAGAAGUAUGGUGGUGAAGAGCACAUGAAAGCCGCUCCAUUACGCGAUGCUGCUGUUAUUGAGAACGAGCGAUUUGUCGAAUACGACGAGACGGGCGCUAUCAAAGGAGCGCCAAAGAAAGCAGUCAAAUCGAAGUACGCCGAGGAUAUACUUGUUAACAACCACAAAUCGGUAUGGGGUAGCUGGUGGUUUAACUUCCAGUGGGGCUAUGCUUGUUGUCAUUCGACGGUUAAAAACAGUUAUUGUACGGGUGAACAAGGCAAAAAAGCCUUUGAAGAUGCGCAGAAUCGAGCCAUCCUCGAUUCUUCUGUUGAUCAAGAUGAACAAGACGAAGAGCCCUCCAAACAAGCGGAGGAAGAAAAGCAGCGGGCGGCUGUAGAUGCGAAAAAGCGAGACCUCCAUACAUUCCACCAGGGUAUAGAUGAGGAAGAACUUGAGUCGUAUAAACGAAGUCGGUUGGCUGCAGCAGAUCCUAUGGCGGCUUUUUUGGGGAAGGACGAGCUGAUUCAGUAG